CUGACCCUCGCAGUUUGAUAAAGAAACAACAUUACGGCACACGGAAAACUUCGAGACGUUUCACUAGGAACGCAUUAUGAUUUAACAAAGACAAGAAAACUUCCCUAAGUGAUUAUGAAGGUACGUCACGUCCCACUGGUGACUUCCUAUCUGCACUUCCGGGGUAAAAAAGCAUCAGGUUGACAUCCCUCUUUACUGAAGUUCAGUAUCUCCGUGGCCUUUCCGGAGCUGACAUAGUUCAAGAGCUUUAAAAAUGAAACUUCUGCGAGUGAUCGUCUUUUUAGUAUUGUUAGUCGGUGUACUGGCCUCUGUUUCAAACAUCAAUUUGAGCCCGACUGGAAUUUAUCCUGAGAUUUCUACCAAAGGUGGUCUCGGCGUAUCAAUAGCGGUAUUGAUAUACAUGCUCUUCUCCGAGCUAGGCUAUCUUCCGUUCAAAUUUAAGGGAAGGAAAAGGAGAUCUGCCGUUGGUCAACUUUCGAAUCGCAUUAGGCUUGGAGACAGAGAUGCUAUCUUGAAGUUAAUCCUGUCGAUGGAUCGAAGUAACUGCCUGCUUCGCUUCCUAUGCGAACUGGAAGGCACAAGAAUUGAGGCAACGAAGAAUAACACUUUGUUGGAUCCAGCCUUGGAGGAAGAUUUAAUUCUUUUAAAAGUAGCCAAGCGUAAUAUGCAUCCGGCUGAAUUGAUGAGAAAAGAUCCCGGUUCUCCAGCUCUUCCUUUUGAACUAGCCGUUUUCACCGGUUCCCAGGGCCUGGCAACAUGUGCCAAUGUAUUUCAGGCUUGUCCUUACAAUAUUACAACUAUGCAAGGAUUUUUAGGCGAGGAUUUCACAAACGAUAUGUAAUUUUCAUCAGUGUUAUCCAUGUCACGCACUUGCCUAUCAUCCCAACUUAUUUAUUAAAUUAUUAUGAAAACACCUAAAAUCGCAAAUUCCUUUAUUAAAUGAGAAAUUUUAAACCAAUUAUUACCGAUCCCACAAAUACACCAG